AGUAGGAUUGGAAACGACUGUUUUGAUUUUGCAUUCCUUGUGUGGGGUAAAGAAAUACAUACUGACUAAACUGAAUAGACUACCCCAACUCACAUUCGACUGAAAAUGUCUAAACUACAGUUGUUGAGUGUGUUUUUAAAUGAGCGUUUAACGGCGGCUGCUGUGGAGAUUUUCGGUGCAGUUGAGAAAACGGUAGUGGAGUACCAGGAGGAGAAUGAUCGGCUACGGAGACUGCUGGGGAUCACACCGGAGAUACGACAACGUAAAAUAGAAUCCCUGCAGCUCUGUGUCUCUGAAGAGGAGGUUCCCCUUGAGCAGCAGCACUGUGAGCAGGAAUGGAGCCCCAGUCUGGGUCAGGAGGACCCAGAGCCCACACAGAUUAAAGAGAAACAGGAGGAACUCAGGACCAGUCAGGGGAAGCUUCAAGGUCUGGAGCCUGAUAUCAUAGAAUUCAAAUUCACUCCUUCCUGUGUGAAAAGGGAAUGUGAUCCGGAGGACCCACUUUGGUCCUUGACUCUUCCCCAAAUCCAGACUGUGGAGAACAGAGAGAGAGACUCUAAACCAGUGAAACUCACACGUUUUGGCACUGUGACCCACAUUAAGGGUCUCAACAUUCCCUGUGACCCUCCAGAUAAUCAAAACAUUGCCUUCAGCCACAGUUCAGCUGUAAGCAGUGACACAGUAGGACUUGACAGCAGCCCAUCAUUGGAUCCAAACCCACCAAUGGGGGAACACUAUUCCAAACUCAGCACCACGUCUAUAAAAACUCACCACUGCCGUGACUGUGGUGAAAUGUUUCCUCUGGAAGCUGACCUGCAGAGACAUGUGACUUUUGCCAAGAAGAGAGUCAGCGAAUGCCACUUAUGCAAGAAACUCUAUAACUCCACCUGUAAACUGAAGGCCCAUGUCCAACUCUGUCAUGGUGGUAAACCCUGCACCUGCCCCUUUUGUGGCAAGGCCUUCAAACAAAAAGGACAUCUGUCCAGGCACAUGAAUAUUCACACAGGAGAGAAGCCAUUUACCUGUGGUGACUGUGGGAAGAGCUUUAUUCAGAAAGGGGACCUAAGGAGACACAUACUGACUCACACAGGAGAGAAACCUUUUAGCUGUGGUGACUGCGGUAAAGGCUUCAUUCGCAAAGAGCACCUAACUGCACAUGUACGGACUCACACAGGCGAGUAAUCAUAUGGCUGCUCAGUCAGAGGUAAAAGAUGAAUUCAGAUGGUAAAUGUGCUGACGCACGUAAGAUACAUCCACAUAGAAAGAAAAUAGGAUGAAAACACAAGAAAAUCUGUAGCUCAGUUGGUAGAGCAUGGCGCUUGUAACGCCAGGGUAGUGGGUUCGAUCCCCGGGACCACCCAUACGUAGAAUGUAUGCACACAUGACUGUAAGUCGCUUUGGAUAAAAGCGUCUGCUAAAUGGCAUAUAUUAUUAUUAUUAUUAUUAUUAUUAUUAAAAGAAAGACAGGACAAAGAUCUCCUGUCAGGAGAUGGGAAUAAAAAGGCAGGAUGUGAACAACACUCUUAGAAAAGCAAAGAAAGACAGGACAAAGAUCUCCUGUCAGGAGAUGGGAAUAAAAAGACAGGAUGUGAACAACACUCUUAGAAAAGCAAAGCUACUCUGGAUCAUUCCUGCUGUGGGUUUCAGAUAAAUAGAUACAUGAUGGAUUUACUUUAUUAAAAUGUUUUGUGUAAAUAAAGUUUGAUUUGAAUUAAAAGUUUAGGAAAUUAAA